UUAAGGCACAGAGAAACAAAGGAAGACAAGAAAAGCAAAUGGGAGGCGUGUUGCCCUCAAUGAGGAGAACAGCGGAAAAGUUGUGAUUCUCCGUGGGGAAAGCAGUCUGUAUAGAAUUCGAGGGGUCGGUGUUAAAGAUGCAUUGGAUCUUUGGUUUGGAGGCUUUCGUUGCCGACCAGGCUGCUCCGGGCACCGCGCGGCAUGGCAGAGAGACGACCGCUCACCUUGAGUAUUUCACCCCACGGGGCUGACGGGGAAACCGGGACGAUUCUCAUCGGCGACUCGGGCUCUGGGGGUUCCUACACCCCACUGUGUGUGAGGAUUCCCCCGAGUCUGGCUUGAAAUCAAAGCAACAUCCCCCCACCCUGCCCCCGACGGUCUGUGAGGGAGCAGAGUAAUGAUCACCCUCCUUUACACCAUGGUCGCUUUGUAUCUUGGGAACAUCCAGGCUGCUCCUGUGCAAUCAGACGUCGCCUCGACAGGCCGUGGCUCUGGUUGGGACAGGCUGGGACUGCAACCCCGGCUGAUGGAGAGCGAGAUGGUCGAUGAGGCGACUGGAGAGAGCCCUCUGGAGGAGGUGAUGCUGGACAUGCAGGGUCUAGACUCUGAGAUCUCGAGCAAGGAGUGGGACCUCUACUCCCCAAGGGUGAUCCUGGCCACCAGACCCCCUGGUGACCCACCCUUGCUCUUUAUCAUGGAGGAGUCUCUGAGCCAGACUGAGAUGGCUAACAGGACUUCAAGGGUGAAGAGGCAGUCAGCGAGUGUGGACCCAUCCCGCAGGGGCGACCUCUCGGUGUGUGACAGCAGCAGCGAGUGGGUGACGGACCGAAGGGUAGCCGUGGACGUCCUGGGCAAGACAGUGACCAUCCUGACAGACGUGCCCACCUCCACCGGCCCCCUCAAACAGUACUUUUAUGAGACCAAGUGUAAUGAGCGUUCCUCCACCGCGCAGGGUGGGUGCAGGGGCGUCGACAAGAGGCACUGGAUCUCAGAGUGCAAGACCAAGCAAUCGUACGUGCGAGCUCUGACCAUGGACGCCCAGAAGCGAAUGGGUUGGCGUUGGAUACGGAUAGACACCUCCUGUGUCUGCACACUGAUCAACCGGACCGGACGGGUGUGACCUUCAUCCUUCUUUG